AUGCGGCGGGCAAACGUAAACAAAACAAAGGAGACGAAGGGGAAGAGACGGAUUGGGCACAGAGAGGAAGAUACCUGCGAGGUGUUGGAGGGAAAAGUGGAAGAGCUGGUCGGAGCAGGAAAUAGAGUGCCAGCGGGCCGGAGGGGCUUUCGGUCCAGCAGUCCCUCCCGUCUUAUCGUGGCCUGCAGCUUGGCCGGAUCGGGUGGACAUAAAUUGAACUUGCCCAGCGGAGAGACGCCGGUCCCUCCUUUCGGUCGGCACAUUGUUUGGUCUGGGCAAACCAGCGUCGGCGAGCCCCCCCCCCCCUCAGUCCACCGCCGAUUAUUAGCAAUGGAAGAGAUUAAUAACCUUGAAGUCGUCCCGUGCACAGAGUCCAACUACCUGAAGCCGUUUCGGGUCCACUACAACCAGCACGCUGUCAUGACGGCGAGGCUGACCUUAAGCGCCGACGUUGACGGAGACGACCGGCUGACCACAGCUGCCGCAAGGGUCUUCGGUGUGGAAAGGAGGGACGGCAGCAGCCGGAGCCCUGUUCGUGAUCAAGAUGAAUUAAAGCGAGCUCUGGGGAGCCCGUUAGGCGCGUGGGGGGCGGGGCUAAAGCCGCCACCUGCAGAUGUGGUGCAGAUGCCCGUCUGCACGCACACACCUUACGAAACGCUGAUGAACGACUAA